AAUAAUGAUGAUCCGAAUAAUCCUUGGAGUUUAGCUCCUAGUUAUAGUCAAGUAAUUGAUAAUAAUGGAAAUAUAAACCCCAAUCCAUUUAUGAUUCAAACACCUGAUAAAAAUACAAACAUGUUUAUAGAUAUUAGAACUUCUCUUUUUGCUAUAUAUUUAUUUUUAGCAGGUGAUUCAAGUGCAUUAUCCAAUUGGUCAUAUGCAGAUAAUCCAUCAAUUGCAAUAUUGAUUGUUUUAUUUUCC